UCAACAAUCAAUCUCUUUAAAUAUUGAAGAUUACAGUAGCGCACACAUUUGGCAUUUGGCCCAUCGCCAAAGAACAUCAAGUAUUGAUCAUCCUGCAAUCACUACUACGUACUGGGGUUAGUGCAAUUCCCUCCUCGUUCUCCUUCCCCCUUGAACAAAGAGGUCUAGCCAUUAAACAAAGUAAGUUAGAAAAAGAAAGCAUCUUGAACUUGAAGGAAAAGAUGUGGUUGUGCAACACAAAAGGGUCGUCUGGAUUUUCAUCCUCUUCCACCGCGGAAGAAGUCACUGAGGGCAUUGACGCCUCUGGUCUCACUGCCAUUGUCACUGGUGCAUCAAGUGGCAUUGGUACUGAAACGGCCCGUGUUCUUGCACUGCGUGGAGUCCAUGUCACAAUUGCAGUCAGAAACAUGGCUGCAGGCCAAAAGGUUAGAGAAGCCAUUGUGAAGGAAAUCCCUGAAGCCAAGAUCGAUGUCAUGGAGUUGGAUCUUUGUUCAAAGGCAUCUGUAAGAAGAUUUGCAUCAGAGUUUAAUUCGUUGGGUCAUCCCUUGAAUAUCCUAAUUAAUAAUGCAGGAAUCAUGGGUGCCCCUUUCAAGCUAUCCCAGGACAACAUAGAAUUACAGUUUGCCACGAAUCAUUUAGGUCAUUUUCUUUUAACGAACCUGUUGCUGGACACCAUGAAGAAAACGUAUUACAAAAGUAAGAAAGAGGGGAGGAUAGUCAACGUUUCAUCAGAUGCUCACCGCUACACAUAUCGUGAAGGUAUUCGUUUCGAUAGGAUCAGUGAUGAAAAAGGAUACAGUAACUUCUUUGCUUAUUGUCAAUCAAAGCUCGCUAAUCUACUGCACUCCUAUGAGCUAGCCAGACGCUUUAAGGAAGAAGGGGUGGAAAUAACCGCCAACUCUGUUCAUCCAGGAGUGAUUAUCAGCAAUGUUUUCCAUCGUCGAGGCUGCUGUAUAGGUCUUGCCAAUAAGCUCGACAAAUUUGUGUUUAAGACUCUUCAACAAGGAGCUUCGACAACCUGCUAUGCAGCAUUGCAUCCGCAAGUCAAGGGAAUUAGCGGUGCAUAUUUUCGGAACAACAACAUAGCCAAAGCUAGCUCAAAGGCCAUGGACGCAGAUUUGGCUAGCAGACUCUGGGAGUUUAGCUUGAACCUGGUAAAGCAAAAUGGAGAUGAUUCCUGA